AUGACACGAGAAGUGUAUACCACUUUUCUGGGGGACCUGCACAAGGAGAAGGAACUCUGCACGGCUGGCUCGGGUCCCAUGUACUUGGGAGUAGCAAUGAGUCUGGGCGCAUCCGCCCCGAGAGCGUCGUUUGCCCAUGGCCGAAAUCCCUUGAAGAUCAUAGGUUGGGGAUCUGGCAAGAGACCGAUGAGGCGCUUCGUGUUAUCUGUCGGUCGCAUACGGACUUGUCCGUCGAUGCAAGACGGUCAUCGAAUGAUGGUCCCACAGGGAUCCCUCCCGUCAUUUCUCAUGCUGACUCUGAUGAUGGAGCGCAGUGAGAAGAGGGGAAAAGAAAAGAAGGACUCGUUGUUCUCUGUCAAGUGUAAGGUAGGAGAGCACAUUCGGAUCGGUCAGUCUUUGUCCAGGGCUGCAGUGCUGCUGCAGCUGCUGCGAGUCUCUCCCAUGUGGGCCGUACAAAAUUAG